AUGGAAGCUUAUGCUGCUCUGCUUUCUCUUGCGCACACCAUAGAUCAAAUCCAAAAUCACCCUCGCCCUCCCAUCUCCUUCCACAAACUACAAAUCAAAUCUCUUAUAGAAAUGGUUACUCAUUUGCUGCAUUUUCUCCAAAACUAUUCCAUUGAUGAUGCAGAUGGCUUGGUGGGGCGUAUGGCCGAAGUGGCUCACAAAGCAGAGGAUAUAAUAGAGUCCCACAUUGCCGACCAUUUUGAGGACGAAUAUGAAGUCUCUUUGUUUCGAUACAUACAGAAAAUGAUGGAGGAAUCAGAUGCGGCUCACGAGACAGAGGAUAUAAACGAAUCCCACAUUGUCGGGGAAGACAACUCUUUGUAUGGAGAGCUACAGAAAGUGAUGCCCGACUUGGAUUCCAUCACAAAAGACGUGGCUGCUGUUAAAGAGAAGGCGGGCAAAAAAAAUGCUCCUUCUUGCAUGGAGGAUGACGCCACAUUGGGUUCAGAUGAUGUCAUGAACAACCUCAUGGAUAAGCAUAAACUGAACUCCGAGGGGGACGAUACGAUGGUGGGUUCCGAUGAUGUCAUGUACGACGUCAUAAAUAGGCUGACCGAUCAACAAUCCAAUCGUCGGAUCAUCGCGAUUACUGGCAUGGGCGGUAUUGGUAAGACCACUCUUGCUAAAAGAAUUUACGAAAAUCCACUAAUUGUGGAACAGUUUGAUAUUCGUGGAUGGGCAACAAUUUCUCAAGAAUUUGAUUCGAAAAGGAUUUUGUUACAAGUUUUUGACUGUUUGAAAACCAUUGGCAAUGGAGACGAGUUCGUCCAAAUGAGCGAACAUGAAUUAGGAGACACACUAUAUAAAAUCUUAUUCGGCCGGCGAUAUCUGAUUGUGAUGGAUGACAUCUGGGGUACAAACGUGUGGGACAAGGUGAAGCCCUUCUUUCCGGAAAACAACAAUGGGAGCAAAGUAUUGAUAAGCACUAGGCUAUUGAAUGUGGCUUCACAGCUGGAUGGGCCGGAUUACUUUCAAAUGCCUUUUCUGAAUCCUGAAAAAAGUUGGAAACUACUUUGUAGAUGCGUUUUUGGGGAACAAGAGUGGCCACCGGAAUUGGAAGACAUUGGGAAGGUCAUUGCGGGGAACUGCGGAGGCCUUCCAUUGUCAAUUGUCGUGGUCGGAGGACUCCUAGCAAAGUCUGAACAGACACGUGAAAACUGGCAACAUGUUUUAGAAAAUUUAAGCUCGAUCGUGAAUUUAGAGGAAGACAAGCAUUGCUUUAGAAUUCUGCAGUUGAGCUACAAUCAACUGCCGGUCCACCUGAAGCCGUGUUUUCUGUACAUGAUGGAGGACCACAUAAUUCACGUCCCCACACUCAUCAAACUAUGGGUUGAUGAAGGAUUCGUGAAACCGGUGGCCGGUAAAAGCUUGGAAUCAAUUGCGAGAGAAGUGUACCUACAUGGUCUCGUCAUCAGAAACCUAAUCUUGGUUCGCGAGUGGGGCUAUACUCGAAGAGUAAAACGGUGUGCCAUCCACGAUCUGCUGAGAGACCUAUGCAUAAAGGAAGCCGAGAAAAACAAAUUCUUCCGCACGACACAAAACCUUAAUAAUGUCCACGACAAGAGCCGCCGUAUCGGCAUUCACCAAGGCACAUCAGAGUGGUAUAACAUUCCCCCUCCACUCUCUGUGCAAUCCGCAUCACAAGCGCGAACUCUGAUACUGAAUGUCAAUGGAUAUAUACCAUCUACAGCUUCUUUUAGAUUGCUUAGGGUUCUGAAAGUAUUAGAUAAAUCAUAUGUUAAGGAGGAUCCAUAUUCUGGACAAGAAUAUUUUCUCCCUGUCAACUUGUGCCACCUGGCUGCCCGAUGGAUUGAACUUCCUAUUGCAGAAUUUUACCGACUCUGGAAUCUACGGACGUUAAUAGUUGACGUGACCGUUACCUGGUUGUUGCUGGACAUCUGGCGGAUGCCCCAACUCAGGCACAUCAAGGUAUACAAUUUCCAGCUCAAGGAUCCUCCUCCUCUUCCAAUGAAUGAACAAAAUAGUUGGAUGGUGUUGGAGAAGCUAGAGACACUCCAGACCGUACAUGACUUGAGGUUGACUGAAAUAGUGGUUGAGAGAAUCCCCAAUAUCAACAAGUUGGGAAUACGAUACGAGGAGGAGAAAUUAUCACCCGCUGAUUAUGGUCUCAACAAUCUCUGUAGGCUACGCAAGUUGGAGUGCCUUUCAAUUUCAUGCGCUUCAUCACUCUCUCGAAGAAUUGAGGUGACGUUGUUCCCUGUUUCGCUCAGGAAGCUGGAUCUGGAAGGCACGUACCUGAGGUGGGAGGAGAUGGGGAGAAAGAUAGGGUCGUUGCCAUAUCUCGAGGCCCUCAAGCUAUACGAGAAUGCGUUCGUGGGGCCCGAAUGGGAAAGUGCAGAGGGCGGAUUCCCGAGCCUGAAAUACUUGAAAAUCGAGCGGUGCCGGGAAUUGGAAAGGUGGAGGGCGGAGGCCACGCACUUCCCGCGACUCGAGCGGCUUCAACUACAGGGUCUAAACAAUCUGAAGGAGAUCCCAUUAGGAAUUGGGGAAAUAACCACGCUUAGGGAGAUUAGGGUGUGGAAUUGUUCGGACUCAGUCGUCCUUUCUGCAAGGAAGAUAUUAGAGGAACAAGAGGAGUGUUAUGGGGAAGUGGAACUUCAGAUUAGAGUUAGCCUACACAAUGAGACCCAACUACGAAAAGAGAGCUUGAGGAGUCGAAACUUACAUUUUUCUGAGAGCAUCCGCAACCCGGCAUUUAGAACAUCUUCAAUGAUUCUUCCAUUUCUCCAUUUUCUUACCACAUAUCACGAAUAA